UUAAAAAAAGAAAAUAUCUAUCUUAACAAAAUGAAAGAAACUUCAUAUAAAUACCACUUCACACCAACCUAAACCUGUAUAGUUAUGAAUUAUCAAAAAUCCAUGACUUAAAAGGCAUUUGAGGAAUCGACCUGAUUCUUUUUCGUUUUGGUGAUUGUAAUUUAUAUACUAACACUCUAUAACGCUCGUGGGAUGGCUAGGAAAAGGAGGGCAAGUGAGGCACUUGGUGAAAAAACCCGCGAUGACCAUCAAGGGAAUGUGGCCUGGGACGAAAUGGUAAAAGAGGCUGCUGCUGCAACCGCGCUUGGAGGAGCACGGAGAGCACGAAAGAGAUUCGUGGGUGUUAGACAAAGGCCAUCGGGAAGAUGGGUUGCUGAAAUUAAAGACACUAUACAAAAAAUAAGGGUAUGGUUAGGUACCUUUGACACAGCUGAAGAAGCAGCAAGGGCAUAUGAUGAAGCGGCCUGUUUACUUCGCGGAGCCAAUACGCGCACGAAUUUCUGGCCCUGUUCUCCAUCUUCCUCUACUACUCCAGCUCUUCCUUCGAAAAUCACGAAUCUUCUUAUUAGUAGACUCAAAGCUAGAAAUAAUUCCUUAGCUGCUGCUGCUGCCACUGCUUCUUCUUCUUCUGAUUCUUCGGUGCCUGUUGCCGAAAAUCAUGAUCAGGACAAACAGGGAGAAGAAUUCAGAGAAGAAGAAGAAGCGUAUUUUUCGGAUUUUCAGUACAUGGAGUAUCUCAAGGAACCUGAAGAUCUGAUUACUGAUAACAACAUGAUCGGUAAUAUGAGUGCAAUUAACGUAACCAGUUUCACAAACACCUUGGAGGAAUGCUUGACUGAAAACGAUUAUACUGUAAUUCAGCCUGUGAAAAUCCAUGAGAAUUCGAUUGGUGUAGAGAUGAAUAAUACUGUGGAAUUAGACGGAGAAGAAGAGAUUGAAGAUGAAAACAAUACUGAUAUAGGAGAUAUUGUAGAGCCAAUUGACUUCCAAUUUGUUGAUGAAAUUGGAUCAUCGUGUUACUAUUCACCGUUUGAAAUAGCUGAUGAGAUUAAUUCAUCAGAAACAAUGGAACAAGGGAUGAUUUAUGGAGACGAAUCCUCGAUGCUAACUGAAGCUAUGAGGAGGAUGAAUUACGAGAGGAAAUUCUCAGCAUCACUAUAUGCAUUCAACGGAAUUACGGAAUGCUUAAAGUUGAAGCUGAAAUCCGGAGGAGUUAUGCAGAGAGAAAGAUCUGAACAGUUAAGCAGAUUGAGGAAUGCAUGCAAAAGGAACCGCAACGAGGAGGAAGAGAAGAAGAUUCAUGAAGGAGAAAUUAAUGAGAAGAAGGAUACUGAAUACAUUUCAGAAAGUUCUGCGUCAUCUUCGUCAACGAUAACAGAAGAAACUAAUUACGAUAGUGAAUUGUUGCUCUGGAGCUCGAUUGAUCUACCACCAAUCUGCGCAUUUGUUACUUAGAAGAAUUGAUUUUUGGUUUCUCAUGUUAUAUUUAGUAUGUUGUUGUUCGAUAUGAUGAUCAGGUAACUUAUGUUUUCACAGGGUGAAAGAUGGAAGAUUU